AGAUGGCGGUAUUAAGUAUGUGUUUUGUGUUGAUAAACGAAUGUUUCGUUCCUUGCAAUUGUGAUGUUUUGAAAUAACGGGUUAUUAUGAACAUUGAACAGAUUAUAUUUUCAGCGAAACUUUGCCUUCUAGUGAACAUUUCCGCCGAUUCAUAACGUGAAGGUUAUUUUUGUGGUGGUGUCAGCUGCAGUGUAGCAUCGGUUCUGUGUGUAAACAUAGGUUAUGUGUACGCUAUAUUGGUCGCAGUUAUUACAGUAGCCGCAAUACAAGUUAUAUAAUCCGUGAAAGAAAGGAGAAAAGUUUCACUUACAGCGACUGUUACGAUGUUUGUUGAUCUUGUUACCGACUGCAAAGAUUACAAAGUACUAAUAAACUUGAGGUUAUUAGUUUCUACCGGGAAAUGUUUACAUUUUGUGUGAUUUGUUUUGUGGGUGUGACAUCGAAUAUCAUUUCAUCAUGUCGGUAUUCAAUGAGCAUCAGUUUGAGAAAAGACUGCAGUUGCUGAAGGAUUCGCAAGACAGCAUACAAACACUGUCGGCAUGGUGUCUUCAGCAUAGACAGCACCACAAGAAAAUAGUUGCAACAUGGCUUAAAAUAUUGAAGAAAGUAAAAGUCGAGCAUCGAGUUACACUUUUCUAUUUGGCAAAUGAUGUCAUACAGUACAGCAAGCGGAAGAAUUAUGAGUUUGUGGAAAGUUGGGGUACUGCCCUGCAAAGGGCAACGACAAUGGUCAGAGAAGAAAAGGUGAAGUCCAAAAUACUGAGGAUAUUUCAAGUAUGGGAUGAUAGAGGUAUUUAUGAUGAAGCUUUCAUAGCUGAUCUACGUGGGCUCAUAAGUACUUCAACCAAGAAGACAACAACACAAGAGCCUCAGCCUGAUCCAGUUGACUUUCAGCCGAACAUUCUAUAUGAUAAAAUAAGGAGUUGCAAAACACUUGAAGAUGACACUGACAUGAAACUGAAGAAGUUGAAUGAUAGCCAUUUAUCAUUAUCUGAUGUGGAUGCCUUACGAACUCAGUUUAAAGAUAGAAGACAGGGAGAUGACAUGGUUGCAGAAGUUGACUGUGGCAUCAGUAAGAUGGAGGCUUACAUACAUGCCCUUGAAGUAGAAAUGAAGGAGCGUGCAGUCCUCAUUGAUCUUCUUGAACAGGGAGAGAAUUUUUAUAACACACAGAAGGGGGAAGCAAGAGUUGUUGCAAAUGCUUACAGGAACUUUGGCAGUCGUGUGAAAAAUUUGAAACGUCGUUUGGAUGAAAUGAUACCAACAUUGAAAGAAGCUAGCCCUAUCCCAUCUCCUGACGUAAAUGCUCCUUCUCCAUCACCUGAUUCCGAUAUAGAAUUACCAGGUGAAGCUAAUACUACAGAGCUGCCCACUAACAGUUUUCUGAACGACUGUACUUCUAAUUCGCAGCCCAGUAAGACUGUUGUAAUACAAGAUGAACAAUCUGUUGACAAAGGGUUCACAAGUUUCAUUGGAAAUUCAUUGCCAUUUGACAUACAGAAAAAUUUCUUCUCCGAGGCAAGUCGUGAUGCAGUACUUUCGUCAUCAUCACCAGAAACUCCACUUGAAGAGGUACCAAUUAUUCCUGGUCUUUCUUCUGGAAAAAGGGAAGAUGAGGAAAAAUCACUUAAGAAUGAGGAAAACUCCUUAGGGAAGCCAAUAGAAGUCAUCAAUUCCAGAUCUAAGCCAGAAGAGACAUUCAACAUUACAGAAUUUCUAAAGUCCUUAAUACCAUCAUCCAGCACAACAACAACAGCAACAGCAAUUCCAGGUCUCACAUUGGAUGAAGAUGAGCCGGAACCAGAGCCUGCACCACUGCAGAAGCAGAUUUCGUAUACUUCAGACACAGAAAUUCAGAGUACUUCAAAUACAGACUAUGAUUAUCCUCCUCUUAGUACAUCAUCAAGUCCUUUGCAGCCACCACCAAUGCCUCCAAAUCUGUUCCCACUGGAGGAGACGACAACAUACAAAUAUGAAACAAAUCAAGAAACUGAAGAUUCAUGGAAUACAAAACUCCCUCCAAAGUUUCCAACAUGGAGCGACACAAACCCUGCAUGGCAAACAGAUUCUGGGGAGAAAGUUAGUGAAUGGAUGCCUGUGUUGCCAGUGAAUAAAGUUCCCAUACAGGAUCUCGACACACCAGAGUCCCCACCAAUGUAUGAAAAAGAAGGUUUCAGUGAUCCUGUUGAAUAUGAUGACUCUAUUGUAAAUUCUACAAUGGUCUCAGCUUCUGCAGACGUAGAUCACCGCACCUUAGUUCCCCUACCUUUGGCCAGUGCUGGUGCUGCUGAAGAGCCUGCUCCAUUGAAUGAGCCUUUGGAAGAUACAGAUCACCGUUUGUUGAUCCAUAUUCCUGCCCCUAAUCACAACAAGAAAGAUGUUGAUCACCGACCAGCACUACACCGGAAGAAGGAUAUUGACCACAGGAACCUGAUUAGUUUGACAGGCUCACCUGUCCGGGAUACACAUGCACCUCUUGUACCACCCCCAACACCUCCAGUUCUCUCCUGGCUUCGCGAAGACCAGGAUUACAGAGCUGGAAAAAUUAUCUCAGCAUCGGAAAAUUCAGUUGAGAAUGAAGUUAGUUCUGAUGGUGAUGUGGACUACAGGAAACCUUCUAUUAAAGUUAUUGCUCAGAAGAACAAUAUUGGAGAUUUGGACCGUACACAGUAUCGAGAACAGUCAUCAAGAUUAGAUGCAAACAGAUCAGAUGAUGGAGUUCUUUCAGAUGAUACUGAGCAAGUAAAGGCAAUGCAUAUAUCACCACUUCGGAACAGAGAUGACAAUGUAGAUGCUAAAACACCAACAAAAACAUUUCCACACAAACGAGAUGAAACACAGGAUAAUGUGGAGAGUGUUGAUAUGGAGAUGAGUGAUGAAGAAGUUAGUGAAACAAAUGAAAAUGUUGCUAGUUCUUCAAUGGGAGAUGGUGUUAAACUUAAUGAGGAUAUUGCCCCACUGCCACAGGUUACCAGUAAGACGGUGUCAUUCAAUAUAAAUAACCAAUCAAAAGUUUUGUUUAAUUCACCUCUUAGUGAAGUUGGUGAAGGGUCACCAAAGACACGAAACAGAGUUUUUGGGUGUCAUAAAAUCCCUACUAUUGGUGGUUCAGCACCAGUUCCACGUCUGAGAAAUACUCCACCACCGAAUGUAACAUCUCCAAGGAGUUCUGUGAGAACAGCUUUACUUGCACCUCCACCACCCCCUCCUCCACCUCCUCCACCACCGUUGCCUCCAGAAACCUCUGGAGGAGCUACAAGCACAACCACUGUAGGUAUUACAUCUCUUUGUGAUCUUUUGUCAGCUAAUGCUAAGAACAUAAAUGUAGCAGAAUCUACAGAGACUAAUGAUGUCCGAAAUGGGCAAUUGAAGGACACAGAAUCCCUCACUGAAAACAGCAACCUAAGUAGACUAACUGACGAUGCAAUCUGGAAUAGCCUUCCUGAUUUGGAAGCUAUCACAGAACUUCUGAAUUCUAGUAGUGGUACUUCACAGAGUUCAAACUCACUAAAUGUUAGUAAAGAACAUUCAGAAUGGAUAGAAGAUUCACCAGCCAAGACGACUGAAAGCAAUGGAACUGGAUCAGGUAUAGAGACUAUUGUUACUGCAUCAAACACUCCAUCAGUGCAGAAACCACCUGAUCAACCAUGGUGUGUCCCUGCGUUUAGCACAAAUGAGAAUGAACCUUGGUUGAAUGAUGAGAUACCUGGAUUUGAAUCUCAUGAUCCCUUGAGGGCUCAUCAGUCAGACAGGGGUAGGAUGAUCCGAGGCAGGGGAAUGGGUCCUCUUCGAGGUUUCCAAAAUCCCCCUCCACCUGGCCCCCCUGGACCACCUAUGGCACCUCUACCAGGGUCGGUGCCACCUCCAAUGAUGAGGGGCCCGUUUAAUCCUCGAAUGAGACCAGGGUGGUCAGGACCGAGAAGGAAUGUCCCCCCACCUCCGAGAUUUCCAUUUCGUCCCCCACAUGAUCCGAAUGUUGGACGAGGUUUCUUCAGACCAUUUCGGGGCAAUAUGUCUAGGCCAUAUGGUGGUGGAUGGUGAGGCAGCAAGCCAUAAAACUGAGGUACAAGGGUAGCUCGUGUAAAACUGUUCAUUGUCAUUGUAAAUGAUGUGUAUGUUUUCUGUGAUAAUUUUUCACAUUAUAAGAGCAUUAUGGAAUCAUUGAUUAUUGUAAUGUGAAUAGCAAUUUGAAUGUUUUGUACCAAAAAUGAGAAGAUCACGGUUCCUGGAUCCUGUGUGUAAAUAAAACUGUUGCUGUGAA